CUAGCUUGAAUUAUUACCUGGUGAACACAGUUCAGAGCUAAUAAACUUCCAUAUAUAUAUAUCCAUGCUACAGACGGGCUGAAUCGGAGUUUUCGCCUUAUAUUCUAACUAGCCUUUUUCGAAUCUCCUCCAGUCUCUUCUGCGUCCCAUCUCUCCAGCUUGUCACGCAAUCUUCUGUACUCCUACAUCCUGCGCGUGCCCAUCGCUCCCGACCCUGCGACGAUCGAUCCGGCCUGCCAUACAUAUCGUACGUUGACGCAUUGCCUGUGGUGGAAGCAUUGGUUUUGCUUGAAUAUAGUUGAUCUGUUCCUGGACAAGCUUGCUCCUCCGAGCUAUGUAGGAAUAUCUCUGAGGCCUCAUAACAGCUAUACCUACUCCUGCCCCCGAUUCGUAUUACCUGACGUACAGACACAUCAGUAGAUCAGAUAUGUCGCACCGCCGAAGCAAUAGUGUAAAAGUCUCUCGCGGAGCACUACCUCCUCCUGGUCCUGUUCCUGCUGAACUCUUCCGACUUAAGAAAGGAGAUGCGUCUAGAGCGACGAGCCAGAGUCAUCUUACAAAAACGUCACAGGAAGCAGGAGAAUAUGUACCAUAUGCGUCCCGUCAGUCCUAUACCUUGGCUCCGUCCGAUAGUGAGGCUGUAAGAGCUGGCCCACAGCGCAGGAGACAAAGUCCCCUAAAUCUCCCCGAAGCUGGGGCACCUCUCAACCUACCGCCAAGUGUCCCAGACGCUCCAGCUCCUCGGCGACCUGGACCACCAUUAGCCUAUCGCGAGCCGUAUAGCUUGCGUGAGGCUGCAAUAGUUCCCAGUCCUGCAGAUACCAUAAAUACGCCGGCAUCCGUGCCACAAAGCUCAAGUGACAAACGACGCAGCUCUGUUCCCGACCGGUCUCCCCUACAGAAGCUGGAAGUCAAGCUUGAUGACAUUAGCAAAGAGGAGAAGAGAGCCAGGGUUCUGGAUGCAGAACUUGCCGCACAGGAACGCAAAGCUGCAAUUGCCCGUGCAACACAACGCUCGGUCAGGGAUGCCACCGCGAACAAACGUCCACCUCAGCAUCCUUCCAUUCCCGACAACGCGGUCUCCCCAAACGAAAGACGACAUGUCUCUGUCCCAAUCCCAGCAACAGUAUCACAAUCUAGCUCACACCAGGGAGCACGGAGGAAUACGCAAUAUAGCCAUCAACAGCAACAACAACAGCAGCAACAACAACAGCCAGAACGCUCUUCAUUUGGGCGUCCAUCGGGGCCUGUAUAUUAUGGACAUCCUGACAAGACUAUAUAUCACCUCCCACACCGUAACUCAGCGCAACCGAACAUGCCACGAGGACCAAGCUACAGAGACCGCGAAGCAAAGGUAAAGUCCAUGCUGGAUCCUCACGUACAGCGCGAACCAUUCAACGUUGAUACUUUUGACCGUGGAACAACUGCACUGGGGUUGGGACUUUCAGACGUUGAGGACCAAAAAUCGCGAACUCCGAAGCACCUCCGCGCUGCAGAACAGAAACCAUUCAACCCUGCUGAGCCACAAGAAUGCGACGCUGGUCGGUCACCUAUGCCAAUUGAACGGGUCAGAAUUGCCAAGCAGACACAUGAAAGUUCCAGGUCUAAUGAGGCAGAUAUUAUACCUGCAAGACAGAAUAGUCCCGGAGAGCUUCCUCUUCGAGACGAUUUUAUGCCUAAGCAAGUUCCAAGCCGUGAUCAAUCUAGGCGUAGAUAUGUGUUACCACCUCAGUCCGCUACAGGACCACAGGCUCGCGGCCAAGUAGGCUCUCCUGUAGAGAACCCCGAAGAACGCGAGGACAGUACACAUCGGACGCGACAUAACAUUGCUCACCCCUUUCACAGGCACCACGAUCUGGAGCGACGCUACCAAGCGCCAAAGGUUCUGGAUGAGUGGAAACGCGGAGGCAUUGCAAGUCUGCGAGGCAAAGAUCUUGACUUGGACGACGAAGAGUACCAGGCCUGGUUGGAACGUGGUGGCUCACAAAAAGGGCGACGGAAAUCGUCCUCUCAGUCUGCCCCAGGAAAUACCUUUCGAGAUACGCAGUAUCAGCAAGACCGCGCUCCUACAAUGUUCAGCCCCCAGCUAUACCUCAAGAGCGGUCCUCUACUGCGCUUUACGGGCAUUAAGUCGGAGUCUGCUGGUAACAAUUUGGGUAGAGAUAUCUGGCGUGGCAGCGUCAUGAUUGUAACAACCGACAGUCGAUCGUCUUACCAGACUGUCCCAAUUCUGCGAAUGUUCAAGCAGCCAAUGGAGCUUUCGUCACCUCCUCCGGAACACGUAGAUAUUGCAAGCGGCCAGCACCUGGAGCCCUGUUAUGUGGAUCCCUUGGCUGGGCAAGUCAAAGCAUCGCGGUCAGGCAAGACCCUGUACGUGAGACCUGUACAUACAUUGGAAGAGCAGCGAGACUUGUCAAGGAUUGAGGACGACGAUGGCCUUUUCGAAGAACGCCAAUCGGCGUCUUAUCACAGUGUACAAAAGACUUCCCCGAGUACAAAUAAUAGAGACUCACAAAAGAAAGACGGUGAACGUAUCGGAAAGUAUUGUGAGGUCAGAGGGUUUCGGCUGCACAAUGAACGAGGUUUCACUUUCUGGAGAUUUAAUCUCGAGGUUGAACUAGGCCCCCAGCAGACAAGAAUAGCAUAUCGAAUCAACAGUGGCCCCGCCAUUGGAUUCUGGGUGCCAGCGAGAGGUCAGAGUAUGAAUAUCAUGUUCCACAGCUGUAAUGGGUUCAGCCUCUCAGUCAAUCCGCAUGAGUUCUGCGGCCCAGACCCGCUGUGGAGGGAUGUUCUCAAUAAUCAUCAGAUACGCCCAUUUCAUGUUAUGGUUGGUGGUGGUGACCAGAUAUACAACGACGCCGCGAUGAAACAGACACAUCUGUUCCAGGAGUGGACGGAGUUGAAAAAUCCGGCACACAAACACAACGCUCAAUUCACAGCUGAGAUGCAAGAUGAAUUAGAAGAAUUCUACCUUAACCGCUACGCAAUGUGGUUCUCUCAAGGUCUCUUUGGCAUGGCUGCUUCCCAAAUUCCGAUGGUGAACAUUUGGGACGACCAUGAUAUCAUAGAUGGUUUCGGGUCGUAUCCACAUGGUUUUAUGCGGACCCCAGUCUUUACUGGCCUAGGAGCCGUAGCCUACAAGUUCUAUAUGUUAUUCCAGCACCAGAGCGUUGCUGACGAGACGGAACAAACGGAGCCGUCCUGGUUACUCGGUGCCGCCCCGGGGCCAUACAUCAACGAGCUAAGCAGAAGUGUAUAUAUGUCUCUUGGGGGUCACAUUGCUCUCCUCGGCCUUGAUUGUCGAACAGAACGGACGAACAACACGGUAUUAAGCGACGAAUCUUACAAUCUCGUGUUCAGUAGACUCAGAGGCGAGAUUGUAAAGGGGAAGGUAAAGCAUCUCCUAAUCCUUCUAGGGGUGCCAAUCGCAUAUCCUCGGUACAAUUUCCUAGAAAAUAUUCUCACCUCAAGAAUCAUGUACCCGAUCAAAGCUGCAGGACGCAUGGGCUUGCUUGGUAACAUCGUCAACAAAUUUGAUGGGGGCGUUGAGAUUCUUGACGACCUAGAUGACCACUGGACAGCGAAGCAUCACAAGGCAGAGCGUAAUUACUUCAUCCAGGACCUUCAGGAAUUCGCAGCCGAGAAGUCUGUUCGCAUCACCAUUCUCGGAGGCGACGUACACCUUGCUGGUGUCGGGCAAUUCUAUAGCAACAAGAAACUCGGCGUCCCCAAGGAUCGAGAUCACAGAUACAUGCCGAACGUAAUUUCAUCUGCAAUUGUCAAUACACCCCCGCCGGAUGUUAUGGCGGACGUUCUGAACAAACGCAAUAAAAUUCAUCACUUGGACAAAUAUACCGACGAAGACAUGAUCCCAAUUUUUACACAUGAUGUCGACGGCAAACCUAGAAAUAACACUCAUUUGCUUCCGCGGAGAAAUUGGUGCUCAAUUAGGGAGUACCAGCCAGGCCGUACACCACCACCCACACCACCUUCCCUUUCUCCAACGCCUCCACGUACACCGCUCAUUGACGAUAGACAUAUAUAUCCUCCGGGAACGAUAAAGCGGGUGCUUUCUAACCGUCUUCCUGCGCGUAUAGAACGUCGGCUGUCCGUCCGCAGUACAAAACCGCCCACAGCUUUCAUGACACAAGGAUAUGCACCAGGACGUCGGAAUAGCUUGCUUGGUAGCAUACAGCGUCGCUUGUCUACAGGUAGCAAUGCGGCACGCCGCCAGUCAACAAGCGACAUACCUGAUGAUGGAGCAAAUUUCCAUGGCGCUCAACACAGAACCUCCAUGGAUGUUCGACCGAACCCAUUCCACCGUCGGCCCACUGGUCUCUCUGAAAAAGCGGCCUUACGAAGCGAUGAUCCCGAGCAGAGGCAGGGACGUAUUGACUUGCAGCACGGCUUGGAUAUUAUCAUCAAUGCGGAAGUCAAUCAGAAAGACCCUGCUGGGAUCACAGCCCCAUACCGGCUACUUGUGCCUGCACUUGACUAUCGUGGUCCACCGCCAAGACCAUCACGGGACGAUAGGAGCUCAACACGUUCAUUUGCGCCCUCUCUCUCUCCAGACUCUAUACAGCAGAAGGCGAGCAUCGGCGGCAACUUGAUGUCGAAUAUAGUACGGCGUCUCAGCACUGUAACUCGCCAUAAGCCAGACAUGGCCAGGUACGAAGAGAGGUCAGAAACUAUAGAUAGCGCUGAAUCGGGGUUGCCAAACAGACCGAUCAGCUUCUCUACCAGAUCUAUUCCGCAACCUGUACAGCUUCCUGCGCCUUCAACAAAGCAAGCUUCCACGUCCAUUGGGCCAUCAACAAACGAUGGAGCUGCUCGACAUCGUGACCCAAAAGCACAGCUAUAUAAGUAUCUUCCCGACCCUGUUUAUGCGGCUGAUCGUAAACCACCACUCUCACGUACGGCUAUUCCAAACUCGGAUAACUCAGGUAAUUCGGCUCCACGCGCAGUCCAGGGAACGUCAUAUCAAGGGGUAGGUCGUAUCCGCGGACCCGAUAGACAAGUUGGGGAAGAGCCCUUCGUCACUGUAGCUCGCAAUGGAGCCAUAUCUAAGAAGCUGCAGAAAAUGGGUAUCCCGAAUCCGAGAUCACACAUGGGAGAUGGAGAUGAGUCUAUUGGGCAAACUAGCGCGACGUAUAACCCCGUGGGUGAUAGGAAAUUUGAGCGCGAGAUAGAUUUUCAGUACGGUCAAGACAAUGAUAAUGAGAGCAUGCUGACAGAGGAGUAUGAAAUGGCACCGCGGCGUAAAGGGUGGAAAUUUUGGUAACAAGAAUAAUUGAGUCUACAGUAGACCGAAUAUAGUAAUAGCUUUAGUAAUGGCUAUAAUGUUUAUCAGUCCC